GUGUAUCAGACGGAUAAAGGUCUAUUAAAAUUCCCUGGGGAAACUGGAGCUCAGAUUUGACAAAGAUUAGUCGGGGUAGACAAAUGUGAUCAAUGGCUCUGCCGUUGUUCAAACUUGGAUCUGAGGGCUUGGUUUGGGUGCGAAAACAACAAAACAAAGUAAGGAGCAAAAGACCAAGCAAAGGUGACAAUCGCAAUAGUGGGCAGUUUUUAUGCACAAAGCGAGGGAUAGCUCCAGAUAGCAGCAAAGUCGGAAUUGAGAUCGCUGGCUUAUCCUCGAGUAAUUUCUGUAUCAGAUCCUUGGAUGGAAAGUUGAUCGCAAGUGACUGGCACAACGUGUAGCAACUGGAAUUGGCCGCCGCAGCCCGCCUGCCCGAUUCCAGACGAGUUGCUGGCCAUGGUUUGUUUCCCCCUGAAUUGCAGGAUGUUCUGUGCAGGCCUUUCUGUUCUGAGGAUUACGC